GCAGGGACUAAGUCAGUCUCACAGAACUUUAAGUUCAUUCCGAGCAUUGGGCUUUGACGAUUUUCCAAUACCUCAAUCGGUCCUCUUCUCGACACUUUCCUUACCAUCUCGGCCAACUCGUCUCUUCAUUCCGCGUCUCGCCGCCAUCUUUUUCAUUUUCUGUUCCACCGCUUCAUCCCUGGAUCUCUGUUUCUCUGCUAAAAGAAUAAUUGGAGAACUCAAAGAAGAAGAAACAUAAAUCGUAUUUUACAGCCUGAAUCUUGAAGUCUAUUGAUCCAAAUUUAUUCUUGGAGACCCUAUUGGCAAAGGGUUUCCUAGGAACGAGAGCAUUCGUUUGGUCUAUUUUCUAAAAAAUUUUCUUGAAAAUGGGUGACAAUCUAAUGGAUAAGGUUAGCGCUUUUGGUGAGCGUCUGAAGAUAAGUGGUUCUGAAGUGGGGAGGAAGAUGACAGCGAGCAUGAGCUCCAUGAGCUAUAAGAUGAAGGAGUUCUUCCAAGGUCAGAACCCUACUGAUAAGAUUGUUGAAGAAGCAACAUCAGAGACUUUGGAAGGCCCUGACUGGUCUAUCAAUCUUGAGAUUUGUGACAUGAUGAAUAGUGAGAAGGUUAACAGUGUUGAAUUGAUUCGAAGCAUUAAGAAUCGGAUAAUGACGAAGAAUCCCAGAGUCCAAUAUCUUGCUCUUGUCCUUCUUGAGACGUGUGUGAAGAAUUGUGAAAAAGCAUUCUCAGAAGUUGCUGCUGAAAGAGUGCUGGAUGAGAUGGUAAAACUGAUUGAUGAUCCCCAGACAAUAGUGAACAACAGAAACAAGGCUCUUGUUUUGAUAGAGGCAUGGGGAGAAUCUGGACAAGAGCUUCGUUACUUGCCAGUUUUUGAAGAAACAUAUAAGAGUUUAAAAUCCAGAGGCAUUCGUUUUCCUGGUCGUGAUGAUGAGAGUUUGGCUCCAAUUUUUACCCCACCACGUUCAACUUCAGAGUCAGAGUCAUUUGUUGGGGUUACCCAACAAGAUCACAAUGAAGUACAUGUGCAAAGUUUUUCUACUGAACAAACCAAGGAAGCUUUUGAUGUAACGCGAAAUAGUGUUGAGCUCCUUUCAACAGUUCUAUCCUCUUCACCCCAACAGGAGGCAUUGCAGGAUGAUUUGACAACUACUCUAGUACGGCAGUGCCGUGAAUGCCAAUAUACUGUUCAAAGAAUUAUUGAAACUGCUGGCGAAAAUGAAGCUGUGAUCUUCGAAGCCCUGAACUUAAACGAUGAACUCCAAAAGAUCCUAUCCAAGUAUGAUGACCUGAAGAAGCCUCAGAUUGUCCAUUCCGAGCCACAACCAGCCUUAAUUCCCGUUGCUGUUGAGCAUGAAGACUCACCCAGACUCAGCAAGGAGGAAGCUCUUGUAAGGAAGCCUGCAAGAUCUAGAACAAAGGGAAGUCACGUGGAUGAUGACAUGAUGGAUGAUUUGGAUGAAAUGAUCUUUGGGAAGAAGGGGGAGAGCACUUCGGACGAGCAUGAUCAAAGAAAACAGCAGCAGAAGCAUGAUCUUAUUACAUUCUGAGCUUCUUAAGCCAAUAUUGAGUAUAUCAUUCCAGACUUUCAAGCUCUGAAGAAAACCAUAAAGUAUUUUUUUUUUAUCUUUUGAAUUCUCUUUCAACAUUUCUCCGUGCUGCAUUGUUUGGAAUGUGAGAAUUCUUUAUUGUGUAUUUAUGAUGUUUUAGAAUUUCUUUGGCUCAUUGAUAAACGUUUUUUAGUUGUGAACCACAGAACUGAAUGGUGAAGAAACGACAUAUUAUAUAGAAAGAACUUCAUAUAAUGAUUCCUGUUCGCAAA